AUGCGCUUCGCAGGGACUUCAUCGAUCGACAAGGCGACGUUUCGCCGUUUGUGGACCUCGUUGCCCUAUGAACAGCUGGAGAGGAGCUUCUGGGUGGCGCUAGAGGACUUCUGUGAGCCGUUCCUGGACUCGAACUCCCCUUUAAAUAGCCCAACCUUCUUUUCUGUACCCCAGACGGGCCGCAUCGUGCAGAAAGACCUCCCUCUUGUGAAUGAGGACAUUGUGAGGGCGUGCAAUGAGCUGCGUCCCCUCUAUACUACCUUCACUCUAUGGAACCCGCUGGCGCUGGCGGCGCUGCUCAAGACACCGAUCGAAGUGGUGACAACGCAACUGCUGCUCGCUGUGCAACAGUCAUGGAUGUCCGUGUACUUUGUGAUCUGCUGCCGGUCGUGUGGCUGUGAUAUUGCACACUUCCACUCUGUCAACGAUAUUCCCUUUAUUGGCACGUUUCACUCGACAAACGCAUUUCGCUGUCCGAUGUGCACUGAUCGUACUGAGGUAAAGGAGCUGCGCGAUGUCGCCGUGUUUUUCCAGCUGCAGCGGCUACCAGCGCUCUUUCGCCGCCAGCACUACCGACUGUACUACACCAAAGAGGCAGAUGAGCGACGUCUGGAGUCCUUUUUCUGCCCUGGGCAAGCCGGCUUUGCAUUCACGGCGCACCUGCCAAAGGGACGCUACCUCCUGUCGGCGCCGUUUUGCGGCGCAUUCGUUGAGAUCUCGGUGGACCUCUCCGCGGAAGUCAUGGGAGCGAAGGACCCCUAUCUGUCUCACAUUGUUGACUUGAAUACCUACAUUCGCUUCCAGAACAGCACUGCAGAUCCUUUCGGGCGCCCCAUCAAGCGACGCAGCACCAUCCGCCACGUCCUGCCGCGGCGCGGCAUCACCAGUGCUGGCACGGUCAGUAGCGAUGGUCUUGGUGGUGGUGGAGCGCAACGUCGGUCCAUCGCAUGCGGCUCACGGUUUUCUAUGUCGGAUACCAUCCAUCCCGAGGACGUUGUCAAAUCCAUCACUGGGUUUGGGUCCGAGGACGUCGAAGAGAUGCCGCCGAUUUCGGUGAUCAGCCUCAAACACGGCAAGGUGCAGUUCCGCAUCUACAAUUCAACCCCUCAUAGUGGUUUUGUUGACCUGUUUGUCGCUCUUGACACACGCACCGAGUUCUCUGCCAACCCGUACCCACAACUCUUCCAUGUUCCACAUUUCAUGCACUGCCUUCCGCGUGGGCUGCGCUCCUCAUUUCUCACUCGCUGCAUCCCGAGACCACCGUCAACGACGCCGACGACUGGCGCGUAUGUGCGCCAUCAGUUCAUCUUGAGCGGCGAGCAGGCCGACGAUCCGAACAUUAUUUCAGUGCUGCGCGAGGUGCACCGCUACUCUCUGGAGGACCACUACGGCCUGCUCAUCGGCGUCGGCGACGGUGGCACCUCUUUUGAGAGUACCUUUCUCUCCACCACGGCUGCCCUGGCUAGCAGCAUAUGCUUUUUCCAGCGCGUGCUAACGCGCCUAGGCGAGACGGUGGCGCUUGCCAUGCGGUGCAGCGUCACCGAGGGUCCGCUGAAGAUCGCCGCUUACCAAGGGCAGUACAACGACGCUCAUAAUACCCGUUCAAGCUACCCAGAUGCACAAUUUGUCGGCGCAGUCGUCUACGCGAGCAACCACCCACCCAUUUCGGGCCCGUACUUGUACUGCACAGAGGUUGAGCCACCCACAGCCGUAGUCGCUGUGACCACCGACGAUGAAACGGGCAAAGAGGUUGUGACUCGGCGGGUGGGUGUCCUGGACAAGUACCGCAGUCCUGCGUGGCUGCACGAUGAGAACAGCUCUUACUACGACAACAUUAAUUUCCGCGACAAUCACGCCCCUAACAAGAUGUCCGUCAGUAAGGCUACGCAGCAGGAGGAGCGGUGUCUUAUUCGAUUUGAGGUGCGCUAUGUAUCCUCGACGAUCGACUGCGACACUGGCACGUGCUUACGCCGCACUUCGGUCUGCCCUCAGCUGCCGCUCAAGGAGAACGGCAGCGGCUCAACAGACAACAUUUUUCCUUACUUCUUGGAGUUCUUGCGCGAGCACUUUGAGGGGACGUCUCUGAAGGAGGAGCCCCACGCGCUCGUGGUGCAGAUACCGCUGCCCAUGAUAUACGCUUCCUUGCAGAUGUCCACCAUUCUAGACAAGAAGGCCUACACCAAGGAGCAGCUCGGUCCCUUCUGA